CCCAGCCCUCCGCCCGCGCCGGCGCCCCUGUGGCUCCGGCAAGCGCCCCCCCGCUCCCCGGGGAACGCCGGCGGGGCGGGGGCCGAGGGUCCCGGCAGCGCUGCGCGCGGGGUCUCACGCCCCGCCCUCGUCUCGAAGCCCGCCUCGCAGACCUCCGACCGCACGCCAAACGUGAAGCGCUAUGCAAAUGAGGGGUGACCCACUUGCUGUCUGGUGGCGACCUGGGGCCGCGCCAGCCCAGGCCUCUAGCCCCAGAUCGAGGUAGCUCGGGGAACGCAGCCGAUCACACCGGGGUGCGCUGUCCAAGGAGCCCACCGUGGGCGGGAAGAGGGCUGCGCCCAAAGCUCCCACAGCUCACAUGGGACAGGGCCCAGCCUGGGGUAUCCUGGGGCGGGGGUGGGGGCAAUCUUGGGAGGGGAGUUUGCAGGAGAAGCCCUGAGAGGGGCCCAGGUGAAGGAGAACUAGCCGAGAGGGUACCCUGGGUGCUGGAAGGGUGGGUCCCUCUGCAGGGUAAGGGGGGAGGUUUUCAGACUUAACGGGAAGGCAGGGCACCAGGAGUGCAGGAGUUGUCACCUGAUACCUGGGGCUGGACCCCAGGCAAGGCUGGCUGCCCAUUCCUGGCCCCUGCCCAGUCAGGGCGGGCUCAGCCUGCCCCCUGCCCUGGUCCUUUCUCCCUGGGCAGGGAGAGAGAAGGGCCAGCUUCAUGGGCAUGUGACAUGUGCAGUCACACAGGACCCCUCAUUGGUUUGACCCUCUACUGCCACUGUCUUGCAAUGGUCCAUAAUUUUUUGUACCAGCCCCUCCCAGACACAUCCACACACACAGCAGACAUGGACUCAAGCUGGGACGCAAGCCAGGUGAUAGACCAGGAGCAGCCUAGAUGUGCACACGUCCCCAGCAGUCCCCAGCAGUCCCCAGUGUCGCAGGUGGGCUCCUGGGGUGUGAGGAGAAGCCAUCAGCAUGGGCCCCGGGGGCCCCUCCCUGUCUGCCCUGGGCCUGCAGCCCAGAGGCCCGACCUCAUCCUCUCAGCUCACACGGGGAGCCAGGCUGGGGCAGGGCGGCUACCGCAGGCACCGAGGCCGCCUGUGCCCUGGGCUGGGUCUAACCCUGUCACUUCACCAAGACCGCCUGCUGGGAGUAUCCACCCCGUCGGAUGGCCCAGAAACUGAAGUCCAAGAGGAAGGACUUGGGCAAGGUCCGACGUUCCCAGAUCACAGGCAACCGACCCAACACAGCCUGGCCUGCGACGCGUGCAGCUAGCCCCUUCCCGCACCCUCUCUCAGCCCUUUGCCCAGGAAGAAGGGAGGAGGGACAGGGGCGAGACGGAUCGAAGCAGCGCCAGGGGUUGGAGCCGCCAGUCUGGUCGCUUCCACCGCACCCUCCCGCCGUCAAGGAUACGGGCAACUACCGGGCCGGGAUCAUUAGUGGGCGAUCGGGCCGGGCGGCGACCCCGGGGGGCCCACAGACUCAGCGCAGAGACCCCUGGGGGUCCGCGGGCAGGGGCGACUUCCUUUCCUGUCGCCCAGCACGCACUGGCCGCAGGUCAGCCGCUCUCCGCGCCUGCGGGGGUCGCCGCGCCCCCCCGCCCGAAGCGCAACUUGUUGCUGCGAAUCCGCUCGGGCUCCACACUCGGGGCCCGAAACUCGCGCCAGCUCGUGGGCCCGGGUUCGGAGCUGGUCCCGGCUCUGACGCGCGGGCAGCGGGACCCCAGCUGCGUCCCCGCCGAGGGCGCUGUACCUGUGCGCGCCUUCAGCCCGCCGCGCAGCUGUCAGUCAUCCGCACACGAGAAAAGCGAACGCCGCCGCCGGGCCCUUCCGGCCCUGCCCGGGCGCCGUAG